AUGACAGCCUCAAGUAGGGGCGGACGCGCCAUGCAGGCCGUUCUCUCAACAUCGCCCAACGUCUGCGCCCGAUGCGCCUCCUCCGCCUCCCCCCUCGCCUUCGCCAGAAUUCCCUCACGCCUCUACUCCUCCUCCGCCCCCGCUGCCGCUGCCGCUGCCGCUGCCAGUGCCAGCUCCGAUGCCUCGCCGGCCGCCGCUCGCCCCCCGCCGCCGCCAUACGACGUACGCUCCGGCAUGAUCCUCACCCGGCCGCCGCUGGUGACGCGCAAGCUGCACCCGUUUGAGAACUCCUUCUUCUUCUACCAGAAACGCCUCGAGGAGCGUCUCAACACCCCCUUCAUCACCAGCAUCUACUACAAGCCAGACACGGCCCGCCGCCUCGACUGGAACCUCAAGGUUCAGGACCGCCAAGGCACCGUCGCCAAGGAGCUGGGCGUCUACAACGGCAAGAGCUCCAAGGCGUGGGACGACGAGCUCCGCGUCGGAGAUGAGCUCAGCAACCAGGAGAGCAUCGUCAAGGCCCUCCUCAAGGACGCCGAGGCCCGCGUCAGCGACGACGCAGAGGUCAUCAACACCGAGGACGUCGUCCCCAUCGAGCCCCCCGUCAGCCGGAUCACCGAGGCCGACAAGAAGGGCGACGUGCGCAGGUUGGACCGCCAGCUCGACCGCACGCUGUACUUGGUUGUCAAGAGCGGGGACAACUGGGUCUUCCCUGCCGAUGUGAUUCCCAAGGACCAGAACCUGCAUGAGUCCGCCAAGCGAACUCUGGAGGAGGCCGCCGGUGUCAACAUGAACACCUGGGUCGUAGGUCGUGUUCCCGUCGCCCACGUCGUCACUCAGCCCGUCGUCAAGGCCGACGGCACCGUGGAGAAGAAGGGCCAGAAGACCUUCUUCCUCAAGGGCCGAAUUAUGGCUGGUCAGGCUGACCUUGGCGGAAACCGCUUCGGCUACUCCGACUUCAAGUGGCUGACCCGCGAGGAGCUCGAGAAGGAGCUGUCUCCCGAGUACUUCCACAGCGUUCGCAACAUGAUGGCGGACAGGUAG